UUGAGGACGCGCUGAUGGUGGAAGAAGAUGUGCAAUUAAAUCAGCAGCUGGAGGAGGUGGAAGAUGAGAUGAAGACAACAGAAAUAUCUCAAAGUCCUCCAACUCCUCAGAAACAAGACACAAAAACUGAGAUGACUGACACAGCUGUGGAUGGAGAACUGACAGCAUCUGAGUCUGACCAGGAUGAAGAUCUGAGAACUCAGGAGACAUUGGGGAGUCCAGAGGAGGUUCAGAACCCUCAGACCACCAUCAGCAUUCUGCGAUGCUCAUUCUUAGAGAGAGAGCCAGGAGAAGACGGAUUGACAGAAUGGAACAAGCGUCUGGCCUCUUCACCAUUCCGACGGAUAGAAGACUCCCCAAUGAUUGAGCCUCUGGAGCUAGAACAGGCUUUGGAGACGGUGGAGAUGGUCUCUUUUCUGACAGAAUCUUGUGAUAAGGAUCAGCAAAUAGCUGAUCUGCCCAAGGUAGCAACUAGUUUUGUUGACCCAUCCCCAAUAAACUCCCCACCUCUUUUACCAGAAGUUGGCUUAAUGCACUAUGACGAUGUCAAAGAGCAGCAGGUCAGUGAUAAUGGCAUUAGCAAUGCUUCAGAUGUGAACAGCGCUAAUAGUCCAGCAUGUAGACAUGAUAAUGAUGAUGAUCCUAGCAGUCAGUAUCAUAGUGAAAGUGAUGGUGAAGCAAGCGAAACCAGUGAAGAUGUUUUCAGUAUGUUGGCACAAGCAGAAAUUGAUGAAGCUGUUCAUAAAGCAAUCACACAGACUGAUGAUAGCAGCAAGGCUAAUCUUUUAAUUAGCUUUGAGAAUCAAAUGGCUGGAACAGAGGCUACAAGGUACUGCAGACCCCAGCAAUACCAGGACAACAAGGCAUCUCACGGCCUGCAGGAUGAAAGAGGGUGGAGAUUUGAGGAAAAGUCCCCUCCAUUUCCCCCCCCACACACAUUCAGACUCAAAACUAAUCUGAUUACAUCACCUAUCUACAAAGAAGAUGACAAUUAUGACUCUGAAGCUCAAGAGGAGGAAGUCCCAGUGGUGAAGAAGACUAUCAGCUGUGAAACUCCAGAGAGCCAAAAGGAUCCCCCUGCAAGUUUGUUGCUGAGCUCUCAGACCUUCACUGCAGAGACCUCCAAUGCAAACACCACUUCACACAUCACAAAGAUGGUGAAAGGGGCCAUUUCAGAAACCAGAAUUGAAAAAAGAAUAGUCAUUUCUGGAGACUCAGAAGUUGACCAUAACCAGGACUGAUUGUUGAGGUUUCUGAUGCAUCAUUGGAGAUGCAGUCCAGAUCGGAGCCAACAACAAAUCCCUAAUUCACAACUGGAUUCUCCCAGACACGCGCACACACAUACACAUACAAGUGCUGGCCAGUAAAUUAGAAUAUCAUCAAAAGGUUGAAAAUAUUUCAGUAAUUCCAUUCAAAACGUGAAACUUGUACAUUAUAUUCAUGCAAUGCACACAGACCAAUGUAUUUCCAAUGUUCAUUACAUUUAAAUUUGAUAUUCAUAAGUGACAACUAAUGAAAACUCCAAAUUUGGUAUCUCAAAAAAUUAGAAUAUUCUGAAAAGGCUGAAUAUAGAAGACACCUGCUGCCACUCUAAUCAGCUGAUUUACUCAAAACACCUGCAAAGGCCUUUAAAAGGUCCCUCAGUCUUGUUUUGAAGGCACCACAAUC